GCAGGCGCAGGGAAGGAUCCGUUUUGGCGGGCGGUUGGCGUUGCGCAGAAGGCGGCGGCAGCGGUGGCUUGUGGCGCGGCCUCACCAUAGAGGAACAGGGCGGACGUUAGCGUGAGUGAUCACUUUUGAUCCCGGGCACCCGGUAGCCUUAGUCCUUCAGGUGGGACAGUGUGCGACAUGGGAAAGAAAACCAAGCGGACAGCUGACAGUUCUUCUUCAGAGGAUGAGGAGGAGUACGUUGUGGAGAAGGUGCUAGACAGGCGCGUGGUUAAGGGGCAAGUGGAAUAUCUACUGAAGUGGAAAGGCUUUUCUGAGGAACACAAUACUUGGGAACCUGAGAAAAACUUGGAUUGCCCUGAGCUAAUUUCUGAGUUUAUGAAAAAGUAUAAGAAGAUGAAGGAGGGUGAAAAUAACAAACCCAGGGAGAAGUCAGAAAGUAACAAAAGGAAAUCCAAUUUCUCAAACAGUGCUGAUGAUAUCAAGUCCAAAAAAAAGAGAGAGAGCAAUGAUAUCGCUCGGGGCUUUGAGAGAGGACUGGAACCAGAAAAGAUCAUUGGGGCAACAGAUUCCUGUGGUGAUUUAAUGUUCUUAAUGAAAUGGAAAGACACAGAUGAAGCAGACCUGGUUCUUGCAAAAGAAGCAAAUGUGAAAUGUCCGCAAAUUGUGAUAGCAUUUUAUGAAGAGAGACUGACGUGGCAUGCAUAUCCUGAGGAUGCGGAAAACAAAGAGAAAGAAACAGCAAAGAGCUAAAGGAGGGGGUGGUCUUUGUGAUUUCUCUUUGUAUAUAAUACAUUCGCCUCCCUGCCUCCUCUCCCUUUUACCCACCCCUUUCUAUCCUAAACACAUCCAUAAAAAAUGUGCUUAUCACUGUGCUCCACAGGAGAAAUGUUGGUAUUGGUUCUCUUGUAACAUAACUGAUGGUCUGAUUCAUGAUAAGUGUCUCUGUGAAGAUCAGGCAUUUACAUACUGUGUAAUUCCCACAGUUUUUUCCUUUGCCCUGAUCUCUUCCUUCUGCUCCCCUGUGACCUCAAGAUGAGUUUUAACUUAGAGUCUUGAUCUUUUCAGGGUUGGUCGCUUUUUAGAUUGGGGGAUUUUGUUACAAUGAUGUGAAUUUUGGUUUCUUGCUUAUGUUCUUAGAACAUGUUGAUGACCAGCUGGCCUUUGUUUUGACAUGUUGGGAUGGAAAGGAUGUUGCCCAUCUUUUAAAAAGCCAGUAGCAACUGCCUGCCUGUCAAGGCUUUCCCAAGCUCAUUCAGCUCUACCCAGGAGAAAACAGGGUUUCUGGUGUGGUAUGCUGGGCCACCCUGUGCUGUUCCUCCUUACAUCCUUCCAGAAUAAUUCCGUCCUUUGGAGGACUUGAAAUUUCACACUGAAAUUUGUCAAGGCACUCUUUUUAGUCCCAGGACAGUUGGCCUGGUUCUUAGCAAUGCCUGCUUAGCAAUGCAAGGUGGUGUCAAUUUAUCCUAAAAUGACACGAUUGUUAACUGUGGAGAUUUUUAGCUGUAGUACAUGAGAAUGAUGGGGUAGGGUAGGAUACAGUUGUCUUGAUUAUCACAUAUGGUAUGUAUGUGUUCUUUCUUUCCUCCUCACAUUUAGACUGUAUAUUUAUGUAGGUGUGAGUGAUUGCCUGGUGCUUGCUUGUGCCAAGGUGCUAGGCACCCUCCAACCCUGCCAACUUUUGUGGCCUCCCAAAGCAUUCCUGUUACCAAAGAGGCUUCAAACCUGACCCUCACUUCUCAGUGGACCCAAGUUUCCCUUCCAUGCCAUUAUUUUCAGUGGGGAAUUUUUGGAGGUGAGCCGUUGGCCACAGUGUAAAUUUUCAGUAUGCAUAGCAGUUAUAGUCAUAAGUCUCCUGCUUUCUUGACUCCUAGAUUUACCAUCAAGAGUCUCCAUGGUAUUAAUGCUCUGCCCUUUUUUCCACCUUCAAAC